GGACUCCUCUAUAUAAACCAUCCCAUUGAUCAUUUUUAUUCAUGCAACCAUUAGUUUUAAUUUGUUCUUGGCUUUCUCCUCAUCUAAGUUCGCCUUUCUCUCGAUCUUCUAAUUUGUUCAAUUUGAUCACUUUUCGAUUCCCAUUAUGGCCACUGCUCAGGUUGUAUCAGCAAAGACAGCCCUUCCUGUAGAGGAUACAACUCAUCACGAGGAAUCAGUUAAGGCUCAAGAGGCUAUUAUCACUGCUACUACUGAAGAAGUAGCACCAACUGAAGUUGCGGAGGAGGCAAAGGAAGUUGCAGAGACUGUUGUGGCUUCUGGGGAAGAUGUACCUAAGGCUGAAGCGGAGGCUUCAAAAGACGAGGAAAACAUAGUUGCAAAAGAUGAGGAAGUCCUAGUCGAAGCUGAGACAAAGGAAGUGAAGGUAGAGGAGCCCAAGGAAGUUGUAGGAGUCGAAAAAGAAGAAGAACCAACUCUGGAGAAGAGUACUAGUACUACAACUGAAGAGGAAACUACUACACCUAAUUAUAAGGUAGCCCCUGAGCCAGAACCAGAACGAGUGCUUGUGGAGGAGGCCAAGGACAAGGAGAAUACUGCUGAAAUUCCUCCGGUGGCACCAGUUAAACCGGAGGCACCGGUGGAAGAAUCAGCAGUUGAAGCCCCUAAAGAGGAGGUAGUAGUUAAGGAAGAAGAGAAGGCAGCUGAUGAUGUUGAGGAGAAAGCUGGUACUGAAGCCCCGGUGGAGAAGACAGAGUGAAUUUUUAAGUUGUAUUAUUAGUGGGUAUAUUGGGGUUUGCAUGCAUGUGAAGAGAUCAAUUAAAUGUCUUUCAUUUAGUGUGGUUUAAGAAAUUAUAUAAGGCGUAACGUACAAAGAAGGUGAGGUGAGUGUGGAACAUAGAUAAUGCUGGCUCUCCAUAUACAUAUGGUAGACAUGAUGAUUUGUAUCGUGGUGCGUGUACGUACCGAUGUUUGAAUAUUUGAGUAAUAAGAUCGACUAUUGUUGUACUAUAUA